GCCGGCGCGUGCCCGGCUGGGGGCGGAGGGCGGAGGCCCGCGGGACGGAACAGCCGCGGCGGAGUGGCGGCGGCGGCGGAGGGAACCGAGGCGGCGACGAGCCCGGGGGUCGCGACUUGCAGCGGAGGCGGCGGCAUUGGCGACGGCCGGCCCGGAGGCGGGCGGAGAGCCGGGGCGCAAUGGAGCGGAAGAGGUGGGAGUGCCCGGCGCUCCCGCAGGGCUGGGAGAGGGAAGAAGUGCCCAGGAGGUCGGGGCUGUCGGCCGGCCACAGGGAUGUCUUUUACUAUAGCCCCAGCGGGAAGAAGUUCCGCAGCAAGCCACAGCUGGCGCGCUACCUGGGUGGCUCCAUGGACCUCAGCACGUUCGACUUCCGCACGGGAAAAAUGCUGAUGAACAAGAUGAAUAAGAGCCGCCAGCGCGUGCGCUAUGACUCCUCCAACCAGGUCAAGGGCAAGCCUGACCUGAACACUGCACUGCCCGUGCGGCAGACUGCAUCCAUCUUCAAGCAGCCGGUGACGAAGAUCACCAAUCAUCCCAGCAACAAGGUCAAGAGCGACCCGCAGAAGGCAGUGGACCAGCCGAGGCAGCUGUUCUGGGAAAAGAAGCUAAGUGGCUUGAGUGCCUUUGACAUCGCCGAGGAGCUGGUCAGAACCAUGGACCUUCCCAAGGGACUACAGGGGGUGGGCCCAGGCUGCACGGAUGAGACGCUGCUCUCGGCCAUCGCCAGUGCCCUGCACACCAGCACCCUACCCAUCACAGGCCAGCUCUCCGCAGCUGUGGAGAAGAAUCCUGGCGUGUGGCUGAACACUGCUCAGCCACUGUGCAAAGCCUUCAUGGUGACCGAUGAUGACAUCAGGAAGCAGGAGGAGCUGGUGCAGCAGGUACGCAAGCGCCUGGAGGAGGCACUGAUGGCCGACAUGCUGGCGCACGUGGAGGAGCUGGCCCGUGAUGGGGAGGCACCGCUGGACAAGGCCUGCACGGAAGAGGAUGAGGAUGAGGAUGAGGAGGAUGACGAGCCGGAGCCGGAGCGUGUCUAGACAGACGCCCUGACCAAGUCCGGGUUGCAAACUGCCUCCAUGGCCUCCUGCAGACUUCUUCAGCCCUGCCCGGACCAGACGGGGCCAGGCCAGCAGGACGCAGGCCUCUGUCUUCUUCCCAGGGCUCCCUGCUCCCAGGUCUCAGUGCAGGGGUCCCUAUGGGCCAGGACUUGCUUGCCCGUGCGCUGCCUGGCAAGAAGCCCCACAAGGGAAACUGAAGGCCUACUGCACAAGUGGGAGGCAGCCUUGGCCAUGGUCGCCUCCCUGCCUCCACCACAGGAAGAGGCCUGCUGUCACCAAGGAGCUGUGAGCUUUGUUGGGCGCUGGAGGAAGGGUCUGGAAACACACCUGGCUAUGCCUGCCUUGCAGUGUCCCCAACGCCAUUACAGGCCUGGGACUGGACUGCUCCUGUCCAUAGAGCCACUCAGCCUCCCCAAGCUGAGGACCAGCAGCCAACCAGGAAGUCGCUUUCCUUCAAUAAACUGAUGGUAGGAACUUC